AUGGCCUCCCAGACACCCAACUGGAUCCCUUGGCAGGGGCCUGCCCCGCCACCUCCCCCUGUCCCCCUUCCGGUGAACCGAGGAGCGGUGUCUUUCCCACCACCUCCUCAUCCUGUCGUUCGUAAUGCCCAAGACGAUGAUAUGACAAAUGAGAGUGGUUCGGAGGACGAGACGCACAGCGGUUCUGACCAGGAGACGGAUGAUGAGCCCGAGAAGGCCACACCCAACAUGGGGCGACCAAGAGAAUUCGUGGCACCCAUGAAUCUCCCACCCCAGGGCAACCACGGGGUACCUGGGCCUCCACGACCCCCGGGCCAAGGGCCACCACUUGAUGUCCUCAUGAAGCAGGUGCCGAGUCCCACAUCAUCGCCUGAAGCGAACGCCGCAACCACCACCUCCCUUCGUCCCCGCUCCCGCCCCCGCUCCACGCGGGCCCCCAGCCCAGCAGGCACAAAACGCACCACAAUUCCCUCGACACCCCCCUGGUGUCACAAUGGGAUAAACCAGCGCCGCUCGCCGGUACAACCACCACCCGGAGCUGUGCCAGACUCGCCAAAAGAACUCAGCGCCAUCGACAAGAAGUGGGGAGUGCUGUUCGACAAGGAUGACGUUCCCACCAAGCGAUGGGAACAGGUCAUGGAUGAGUUUAUGCCGCAGAAUACGUUAGUGGUGACACCGGGGAAAAUGGCGGCGUUCUACUCGCACCAUAAGCUGGAGUUGGAGGCUUUUCCGUUCACAGAAAUAUUCCGCGGUCGCCAGGGCGCGCCGCCCGCCAGACUAGCAGAGCUGUACCAGCAGCUGGGGUGUGAAUAUUACCUCGUCCCGGCCGAACCCAAGGCCCGGCCUACUGUUCCAGGCUUGACCCUCGCGGGCUGGUCACGAUGGAUGACACUGGCCAUGCGGGCCUACCCCAACGAGGAGUCGCAGCGACUAGGUAUGGUCGUCGCGACCCUACCCAUCAACGCCGCCGCUGUCUUCGACAUCAAGCCGGAGCGGCUGCCCAAACAAAUCUCCCGCCACCUGCUUCCAGAAAGACCCGAUCGACAAGCUCGAGUCCUCCUAAGUAGCACUCUUAAGAACCACCUCGAAGCAACCACACAACACCCCCCACGCUCACCCGACAAAGCGCCCCCAGCAUUCAUCCACCUCAACCCCAUGGACACCGACCGAGAGAGGCGCAUGCCACGCCCACUCAGCCCUCGCACCCGCUACCGGCCCACAGAGCUCCCCUCGCCGCCCUCCUCCCAAGCCGGCGACGACGACGACUACCACCACCGCAGACGCACCACCGACCGCGACCGCGACCGGGAUUGGGACAGAGAGCGCACUUACCGCGACGGCACCACCGGCCACGUCCGCACCUACGCGAGCGCAGGCGCCAAACGCCCCCGCCCCGCCGCGACCCCCUCGCCGCCCAUCUGCCCCCGCAUGCUUUCCCACCCGCCCCUGUCCUCCAACACGGGCCGCCCCGCUGCCGGCUCGUCGCAGGCACUCGGGUGUCAGGGCGGCGGUCCGGGGGCCAAUCUCGUUCAAGAGAAGGGGGGGGGGGAGAGUAGGGAGAGGGAGAGGGAGAGGGAAAGGGAAACGGGGAGAGAGAGGCCUAGGGAUAGGGAUAGGGAUAGGGAGCGUGAUAGAGAGCGCGAAAGGGACCGCGAAAGGGACCGUGAAAGGGACCGGGAGAGAGAGCGGGAGAGAGAGGCUAGGUUGAGAGGGCGAGAGAGCGGGCGGGAGCAGAGGGAAAGACCCCGAGAGAGACGGUCAUCGUCGGCUGCUGGGUUUCCGGAGCGAAGGGGCAGUAGUGGGAUGCGCAAGCCACCGCCGGUGGUUGUGAGGAACGGAAGGAAGUCAUCUCGGGAUCGGAGCGGAGGUGGUGGUCUCUUCUCGGCCAAAAAUGCCUUGACGUUCUGUAGGGUUGGUUUAUCUUUGUUGGAUGGUUGA